GUCAGUGGGGCUGUCAAACGAGCAUAUAAAAACACCCGCACCGAGGGGAGACCGAAAAAUUCCGUGUUAUCGCUCCGUCCUGGAACAUCCCACCUUCGCCUGCACCGAAUUGCACAACACAAAACCGCGCGAUCAACGUUGCCUGUGAACCGAGGUUUCUUAAGCAAGUGCCUACUUUGCUGAAUGCGAACAUCGCUAGUACGCCUCGCAAGAAUGGUCGUCAAGCAUCACGUCACGGGGUACGAGGAGUUCACGAAGCUGGCGGAAAGUUUGGAAAGCAGCGGCGAACCGGUACACGUUCUCUUCACCGGAAACAAGGACGCGAACGGGGAGAGCUGGUGCCCGUACUGCGUGCAAGCUGCCCCGGUCAUCGGCAAAGCUCUGGAGACGGCCCCGGAAAAAAGCCAUUUCAUUACGGUCGAAAUUGAACGCCCAUUCUGGAAAGACCAGAACUGUCCGUACCGAAAGGACCCACGGACGCAUCUGGUGUUUCUUCCCACGCUACUCCGAUGGAGAUCACCGCAGAGGCUUGAUGGGUCACAGUGCUCUAACGCGGAUCUGGUCGAAAUGCUGUUGAACGAUGAAGAUUGAAUGGUGGUGCAAUAGGAGAACGCGAUCCGUCACUCUGAAGAUAACCAUUCUGCUUAGGGAUGGUCGUUUCUCAUCAAGGGAUUAAGGGCAACACGCCAACAGAUAGGCGGAUCCGGACAAUGGAAGUGAAAUUAUAUUUGUAAUCUGUCUUUUUCGAGAUAAACCAAUAAAUAACAAAAUGAAGUACGUACCGUC